AUGUCCGGCUACGCGUACGACGGGUCCUCGUCCUCGUCCGUACCACCGCCGCCCUACUCCGUGACCGCAUCCGCCUCCGGCUCCGGUCACUUUGGCUCCCCGUCCACGACCCAGUUCCCGCCCCCACCCACCGCCGCCGCCGUCGCCGGUCCGUCCUCGGGCUUCCCCUCUGGCUACCCUUCCUCCUCCUCUGCCGCCGACGGUCUCGGCAUCGUGGACUCCAAGUGGCGCCUCGCCGAUCCUAGGUCCUCAUCGGCUCACUCGCUUGCCCCAUCCACAAAGGACCGCGACGGCGUCACCCGCCGAACCCUGCUCGUCAUCUACAUCCACGGCUUCUACGGUAACGAGUCGUCCUUUCGCUCGUUCCCCGCUCACGUUCACAAUCACCUCAAAGAAGCCCUCGCCGAGACGCACGUCGUACACUCCAAAAUCUACCCCCGCUACAAGACGUACAAGGCCAUCGAUGUGGCUCGUGACAACUUUAGCCAGUGGCUGGAGCCGCACGAGUCCGAAUCGACUGAUGUCAUCCUCGUCGGACACUCGAUGGGAGGCUUGCUCGCGGCCGAGGUUGCCAUGAUGCCUAACCGGCACCCAUAUAGGCGCCACCCGUACAAGCAUCGCAUCCUCGGCACCAUCUCACUGGAUUCACCGUUCCUUGGGCUUCACCCCGGCAUCAUUGUCGCCGGCAUCUCCAGCUUAUUCAGACCGGCCUCUCCAACAGAGGAGAAGCCAGAGCACGAGGUCUCCAACCAGCUAAGCCCUACCAACUCGGCCCUGACCAGUCCCAGCCCGUCCAUGUACACCCUGGAGACGACGAGCUCACUGGGUGCAGACCUCUCACCGCACCCGAGCAACACACCAUCCAUGUCUUCGAGCAAUGCACCGCCGCAGCAGCCGGAUCCCACCUAUAACCCAUCCUUCUUCAACGACGUGAAUCUCAAAGAUCGUACCUUCAUGAGGCGGCUGGGUCACUUUGCAAAGAAGCACAGCCGCGAGGGCAUCUGGGACGCUACCAAGAACCACGUCAUGUCUCAUCUCGAAUACGGCGGCUGCUUGGCGGAUUAUCCUGGCCUCAACGCCCGAUACAACAAGCUCCGCGCCAUGGAGAGCGUCGACCCGCUGCAGCACAUGGGCGACGGCAAUAACUACGGCAACAACGUUAACCGGCCGACGCCGGUCAGGGUCCGCUUCAUCAACUACUAUACCCUCAGCUCCGGCAGACCCAAGAAGCCAAAGACGCCAGACUCGCCAAAGUCCCCCGAGUCACCAACGUCCCCCGAGCAUCGCGCGGCCCCGAGUACGUUGCAGGUCGGCUCUCAUCUAUCUCCACCGUCUUCGUCGACGCCCAGGAUCUCUCUGUCGUCUGAUGAUGGGCAGGAAAUGGAACUGCUCGAGCCGAUCCCAAUGGAGGACAUUGACGAACGGCUUUCGACGCUCCACGAGGAACAGCAGGCACGGUUUGACCACGAUACAGAGGCAGGUUCGCACUCGGCUGAUGCGCUCGACAUGGAAACGCGCGAAUCAAAGGGUAAGGGGAAAGAAGGCGAUGUUGACUCGCACGAGACACCCCAUGCCAACACCCAAGUCGAAGAAACCGUGCCUGCUUCAACUUCUUCAACCGAGGCCGCCGACGAGACGGAGAAAAGUCCCGAGGCCGGCGCAGCGUUGCCCAUGGGAGACGUCAUACCCGAAGCAGAACUACCACCCAUCCCCGACCUCCCUGAACAGCCGACGCCUCCGGAUCUAGAUAGGUACACCGACAAGGACGCCCGGAAACAAGCCGAGAAGGAAGGCAAGCGCGCCCAAAAGGCGUACGAGUCCGCCGUCAAGAGUCGCGAUAAAGCCAUCAAGGAGCGCCAGAAGCUCGUCGAGAAGCGCCGCAAAAAGGUGGAAAAGGAGGCGGCCAAGGAAGCGCAGAGGAUCGAAAAGGAAGGCCUGAAGUUGCAAAAGGAAGAACAAAAACGGCGGCAACAGGAGGAGGAGGCGGCCCGGAAAGAGGCUGCCGAAGAGACGCACGAUCAGAAGGAGGCGAGGAGGCUCGCGGAGGAGGCUAAGAGGAUGGAGAGGGAGGGGAGGAGGUUACGCGGGGAGCCGCUCGAUAGUGACGCCGAGGAUGACGACGAGAAGGAGAAGGAGAAGGAGGAGAAGGAGAAGGAGGAGGAGGAGGAGGAGAAGGAGGAGGAGGAGAAGAAGUCUGCAGAGGUCGAAGCCGAGAUGGCGGCGACUGUCAUUGCCGGAGCCGCGGCCGCAGUCAAAGACCGGCCGCCCGCCGUCGCCGCACCAUCUUCGUCCUCCGCGGUAUCCGUCGACACCACGCAGACGGGAGCCGCCAGCACGACCACCAACAACAUGAUCCCAAGCCGCCCCAAGGCCGUCGCCGCACACUCGAGCUCAAACUCCCACUCCCACUCCAAAGCCAAUGCCAAAUCAUCCAAUGCGAAACCGGACAAACCCAAAAAGGAGCGGAAAUUCUGCACUCUACCCAGCAAGAAGAAUGGCAAACGCGACGAGACGUGGGUGUCGGUGUACAUGGAGGGCAUGGACGAGGUCGGCGCCCACUGCGGUCUCUUUCUUCCAGGCCCGCACUACGACACCCUCAUCGGCGACGUCGGGGAGCGUAUCGUGGGCUGGGUCCAUGAUGACUUGAGCGUCAGGGCGAUAAUGGAGAUGCCUUGA